UUUCACAGCGCAGAAGCGGUGUGCCUUCACAGCGGGGUCAAUUCACCCGCAAGUACCAGGCACAAUGGAAGGAUGACCUCUCAAUGUUCACAAACAUUGAGGCUGCAAGGACUAUAACAUUGGCGUUUAAAUCGUCGAUGGAGAUUCCAUUGUUUCAAUGGAGCCAGGUUUCCAAACAUCCUGAGUGGAAACCUAAUAUCGAUGCAUGGUUUAAGCGAUUUCAGAACAAAUUUGAGUGGGAUAGGGCGGACAACAAUGUUGUGAGGAGGGUAUGGGAGAAUCACGCGGCAACUAGGUUGCGUGAUUUUUGGUAUGACACCCAAAAAAAAUCAAAAAGACAUGCGAGGGAUAACGGUCUUGAAGGAUGGAAUGAGGUGGCGGUUUGGCAGGAAUUCAAACCGCCAUUCAUCUCGGGGGAAAUAUGGACGGCAUAUAUUGAGCACGUGACCUCAGAGCGGUUCUCACGGCGCUCACAGUCUGGCGCCGACAACCGGAACCGGCAAAUUUAUGGUUCGGUGACCACGCACACUAGCGGAUCCGUCCCAUUCAGCGCACAUGCAAAGCGGAUGGCUGCGUCUCUUGGACGUGAACCGAGUCCAAUGGAGCUGUUUCUAGAGACGCAUGUGCGGAGUCAAGACCGCCAAAAGGGGGUGCAGCAGUUCGUGGACAACCGUGCUCAGCACUUCGUGGAGACCUAUAAUAGCCGGUUGAGGGAGAGAUAUGGGGACAAUCCGUCGACCCAUCCAGAUUUCGAUCCAGAUUUGUGGAUGGAGGCGGGAUCGUCUGGUGGACCCGAUAAAAAUAGGGUCUACGGGCUCUCCAACACUACGGCUGACAACUUGCGGUCGACUCGUAGUGUCUCAACUGUUGGAAGCUUUCCAUCAGUAUCGAACACCCAGUCUGAGGAGUUCAUUGCGUUGAAACAACAAUAUCAACAACUCUCGACGAAUUAUGAUGAGCUCCGUCAAAUAGUCAUGGAGAUGAGAUCAAAGAUGGGUGACGAUACUUGUGCAGCUUCUUUUUGGCCGUAUGGUCCCGGGAACAACCAGCCUCCUCCUCCUCCUCCGCCUCCUCCUCCAGCUCCGUGUCCUUGGAAACUGCCACUUAUUGUCAACACGAGCUUUUCGAGCCAGAGAUCUAGGCCUCUGCUUGUUUCCAAGAAGUUUUUCACCAAGCCAACUGCACCAGUUACCCUUCUUGCUGUCUCUUGGGACUAA